CUAUUGAUGUGGCUCUUGAUUUUUGAAGCUCCUAGGAUUUAAUAAGAUGUCUUGGGCUUCAUUGGAAAAAUGAUCUACCUGGAGCAAUAAUACAUGAACCAUGGUGUCCUACUGCACUUGAUCUGUGAGCUGUACGAGACCUUCCGCAACUUCAAAAUUCAUGUUUCAGAUUAUUUGCACCCCAGAAAGACAACUUCCACCAUGAAUGGACGCUUUCUAGAUGCUACAACGGAUGAGCUUAAUGUGAGUGAUGUUACAUGUAUUAUCUGCUGUGAAGAGACGACAACAGCAAAGAAGCUGCUUUGUGGGCACUUGUUUCAUGUGCAUUGUCUGAGGUCAUGGCGAGAGCGCCAAAAUACUUGCCCGACAUGUAGAUCUCCCAUUGCCCCCCGGACAAUGGACGUGCUCCAUCAGCGCGAUAGCAUGAAGCCCAACUGGGAGUUAGCUUGGUUGUUACAUCCCCAAAGAGGAUUCCAGCAGCAAAACUUCAAGCUUGAAUGGAAGCCCUCGCUCAGGUCUUACUCUGUCUCGCCUAGCUGCCACUCUCUUCUAGAGUGGUUGUGACCCCACCAUGCGCAAGGUAUUCACCAAGAACCAGAAGGUGCUCUUUGGACACUAUGGGUAUGGCUACAUCCGUGGCUGGGGGAAAUUUGCGGCCAUUUCAAUUCAGCCCAUUUUACACCUACCGGUGCAUUAAUAAUAAUUAUGAUAUAUGCAUACUACAUUAUUAGUCUUCACCUUUUUUACAUACUACUCCCAUUUGAAUACACUUUUAGAAAAAGUAAACAUACCUAUGGUAGACACAUUCUUGCCUGUACACUUCUUUUUGAAACAUUUAAAAAACUCAGUUUACAGAGUAUGGGUUGGUUACUACGUUGGAGUAAUUAUGGACAUCUCAAAUUUAGCGCCUAGGAUUCCUAUUUUGACUGAUUUGAGUAUCUCUUGGUGAGUCCUCAAAUUACAAAUUUGAAAAUAACUCUCCUGAAAACGCUGGCAAAACUCUAUGUGGUCUAUAGAUAAAUAUUUGAUGAUCUUGCUUAAUAACUUGCUAGCGGGCAGAAAAUAUAUCAUGUUAGUACCAUUCAUGUAUCCGCUUUCACAGACCAUCUAACAUGACUUCUUAUUUUAUUUUUACGGGAUGCUAAGGGCUGCAAGAAAUAAAAUAGUAUGUUGCAUUUUCCCUACAGGUAAGGAAACAUGUACCUUAUUUCUGCAAAGAUGUGCUCUAUUUUUUUAUUCCAUGAGUAUUUGCAUUCCCUAUAGAAGCUGACUGGUUACAUUUAUGUUUAGUAUACACCAUCAUAAUCUCCCAAAUACUGCACUCAUUUAUACUUUCCCGCCCAUGUUUAAAAUAGCGUGUUUUAGUUCUGAUUACAGCCAUAUAGGUAUUAAUGUAUAAGAGUUUGCUUUCAGUUCUGGUUAAAUGAACUUGGAUGAUCAAUCAAAUUUCCAGUGAUGAUACUCUAGCGGAUCCUGACAGAAGUUGUGCAUGUAGUACAUGUUUUCAGUUCAGCAAGGUCUUUUUUAGUUAGAUCAAUUUUGAAGACUAACAUGUCAUAUGAAUGCUCCCAGCUUAGCAAAAUCCUUGGUCUUUCCAUUUUUGUAAGUUGAGGGAAUACUUUGCUACUUCAAAAUCUCUAGAUAAAAGUUGAAGAAUUCAUACGAUAGUCGAUUGGAAACAUAUAUCUAGCAAUUCAUUUUUUUCAUGCACACAAUGAGAUAAAUUGAUAUUACACAAGCCUUUACAAUUUAAUGCUUCUGUUAUUAGAAUCGGGACACUUGCUUUGUUACCGUACUUAAGAGUUGCCGAUUGCUUACUAUAGUAAUAGCAGGAAGGUUUGCAGUCAACUUAUUUGCAGUUGUAAUUAGUCGACUUGUGCUCCUUAAAUUGUUGUUCUUUGGUGACCAGUGAAUGGAAAAUUGACUCUCUUCCGUAUGUCUGAUCUAAUUGUUGGGAAAAUCUUCAGCACAUUGUAAUAUGAAAGGUUUUACCCUGCACAAAAAUAAAAAUAUGAAAGGUUUUGAUUUUUUUCUUGGGACUUCUUCAUACUGUUGUAUUCACUAUAGUUUUCCUGUAUUGAACUGAUUUUUCGCUUGCAUUGUAGAUAUCAAGUCUUAGAUAAGGAAGUUUUGUAUGGCAGUCGACUCUCUUCUCCGAUUCAUAUUCACAGUUAAAUACCCCAUUCUUCUUUUUUUUCAGCCCUUGAACAUUUUCUCCUACUUGCUAAUGCAAGAUGGAAAACUACCUGUUACAUGUAGUCUUCAGAACCUGUGCUGAAAUGUCGCCUCUUUGUUUGGAAAGUUUCCGAUUUUGCAAAACUUUUGGAUGUAUCGAAUAGUUUUCAAGUUGUUUCAAUGACAUCAGU